AUCAUCCAAUUUGAUUCAAUAAUGGCUCAAUGUUUUCUUCUUUGCUUGAUCUUGGUACAUGCUUUCGUGGCCAUGGCUAGUGAAAAUGCUCUCAGCAAGCUCCGCUCUAGUUUUGCUGAUCUCCAACAUCCCCCAGCCUCUGCUCCAUACAGCAAUGAAAAACCAUACAAAGCUGAAGCACCCAACAUUAGGAAACUUGGAAGGCACCAGCCCAAAGUAGUCAAUACCUUCGGCAGUACACCAGCUUCUAGCCCAUUCCAAGCGCCCCAAACUCAAAAGAACAUUCACCUUACUGGAGGAAGCCCCUCAACAGAUCACACUGCAGCCACUAUUGAACCAGACAAUGGAGAAAACGUGAGUGUUGAAGGACAGGCCAUCAACCUACAAACACAUCAUCAUUCCAUGGACAAGUCUGUUGCCGGGGGUGGUGUGAUCCUUGGAGGUCUUGCCACAACUUUCCUGAUGGCAGUUUUUUGCUAUAGAAGAGCAACUGGAAGACACAAAUCAGAGACUAAUCAAAUUACAACCGAAAUCACUAAUUGAAUUGUAUGCAUACAAAUAGGUGGUAUUGUGAAUGCCACCUUUUUAAAAAAAUGUAAAGAAUAUUACAAAUAGAAAAUAAAUUGCAAGUUAUUAUCCGAAUUAAAUCUCUCUCUCACUGAAGCUGGAGGUUGUUGGCUUCUUGCUAACAGGCCUGGACCAUUAUUUUGAUUAAUGAAGGGAGUUGAGCCCUUGAUGACGAUUUUAGAGUUUGUAAUUUACUACCAAGGCAAAAUUACAAAAGGCAAAAUUAAGUAAAACGUGAGCGGCAGGAUUCGAACCUGCGCGGGCGGA